AUGGAAUCAAAUUCGCAAUCUCUAAAUGAUCGUUCACGACCCAAAAUAAUCGUUCCAUCUCCUCGUAUGUCAAAUUUGAAUCCAGAAGAUUUUAUGCCAAGGAAGUCUAGGGGUUGCAAACCAUCAAAUGCAUUUAUUAUAUAUCGCAAAAUAUAUGUUAAAACGCUUUUGGCGGAAGAAUUGCACUACAAAAUGACGGAAGCUUCACGAUGGGCUUCGGAAUCUUGGAGCAUUGAAAGGGAAGAGCUAAAGGACGAAUAUCGAGAGUUUGCAAAGAAAGUAAGCAAAAUCUACCGUAAGAAGGCUCAAGAUUUGGACUCUUCGCGUGUUCUUCCCACCAUUUUGCCAUCGCAACCGAUUAGAUCACCUAAUACAACGAGUAAUACUAUUAUCGAAAACGAUUCACCACAAUACACAAAUGAUUCCCCACAAUACACAAAUCAAACCCUUACAUAUAAUACCGAGACACAACAACAAUCCUUUGACGCGUAUUAUCAAGAGCAACAAUCAAGCCUUCCUUUAUCUUUAUUUUACGAGACUCCAAUAGUUCGACAUGACAUUUACUUCACAUUUCCAUUUACGCAAUGUGAGGUUUGUAAUUUUCCGUUUGAAUGCAUUUGUUUGGGAGUGGGAGGGAAUGAUGACAAUAGAACGCAAGAUGUCCCCGCCUAUAAUUGGCAGGGCAUUUACGAUGGCAACAUCGAUAUGAAUAUGGAAGACUUUUAA